CCGCCGGCUCCACCGCGCUCAGACCUCCCCCACCUCCAGGCCGGGCCAUCCAGCCCAGGGUUAAUGCCAACGAGUUUCCACCUCCAGCCGCUCCUAGAGAGGCCGCGGCGUUAGCCAACGGGGGAAACUGGCCGCGGACGGACACUUCCUGUGCGGGGGGAGGGGGUCGGACAACCGCAGCCCAGCCCGAGCUGGGGGGCCAGACGGCGGGGUCUCGGGCGGGAAGCGGUGUCUGGGGGCGGCAGGGCGAGUCGUGAAGCCCCUAGUCUCCGAGGCCACAACGCGUGGGGGAUCGUCCGCCAUCGCCGCCGCCGCCGCAGCACUGGAAGCCAGCGGGGAUGGAACGGGAGGCGUCGCCGUGGGGCGUCGAGCCCCGGGAUGUGCAAAGUCCUGACGAAAUAGGGAGCCCCGAAGGGUCCCUCAAAGGCAACAUGAGCGAGAAUGAGGAAGAGGAAAUUUCUCAGCAAGACGGCCCUGGGGACUAUGAAGUCGAAGAGAUACCUUUUGGGCUUGAACCCCAGAGCCCUGGGUUCGAGCCGCAAAGCCCAGAGUUUGAACCUCAGAGCCCCAGGUUUGAGCCUGAAAGCCCAGGUUUCGAGUCCCGAAGUCCUGGGUUUGUGCCCCCAAGCCCUGCAUUUGCACCCAGAAGCCCUGAAUCAGAUUCUCAGAGUCCUGUGUUUGAACCACAAAGCCCUGGGUAUGAGCCCCGGAGCCCUGGGUAUGAAUCUCAAAGCUCCGGGUAUGAACCCCAGAACCCUGAGUUCAAAACCCAAAGCCCUGAAUUUGAAGCUCAGAGUUCCAAGUUUCAGGAAGGUGCAGAGAUGCUUCUCAGUCCAGAGGAGAAGAGUCCGUUGAGCAUCCCCUUGGGAGCCCAUCCCUUGGACUCCUUCACCCAGGGGUUUGCGGAGCAGCCCACAGAGGGCCUGUCCCUAGGGCCACCUUUUGAGAUUCCCACAGGGGCCCUGUUGUCUACACCGCAGUUUGAGGUGCUCCAAAAUCCCCUGGGCCUGACUGGGAACCUGAGGGGUCCAGGCAGACGGGGUGGCCGGGCCAGGGGUGGGCAGGGCCCUCGGCCUAAUAUCUGCGGCAUCUGCGGGAAGAGCUUUGGGCGAGGCUCCACCCUGAUCCAGCACCAGCGCAUCCAUACCGGUGAAAAGCCCUACAAAUGUGAGGUCUGUAGCAAGGCCUUCUCCCAGAGCUCUGACCUCAUCAAGCACCAGCGCACCCACACAGGCGAGCGGCCCUACAAGUGUCCCCGCUGUGGCAAGGCCUUCGCCGACAGCUCUUACCUGCUUCGCCACCAGCGCACCCACUCUGGUCAGAAGCCCUACAAGUGCCCACACUGUGGCAAGGCCUUUGGCGACAGCUCCUACCUCCUGCGGCACCAGCGCACCCACAGCCAUGAGCGGCCCUACAGCUGCCCCGAGUGUGGCAAGUGCUACAGCCAGAACUCGUCCCUGCGUAGUCACCAGAGGGUGCACACCGGGCAGAGGCCCUUCAGCUGUGGCAUCUGUGGCAAGAGCUUCUCCCAGCGCUCGGCACUUAUCCCCCACGCACGCAGCCAUGCCCGCGAGAAGCCCUUCAAGUGCCCUGAGUGCGGCAAGCGCUUUGGCCAGAGCUCAGUGCUGGCCAUCCAUGCCCGCACCCACCUGCCGGGCCGCACCUACAGCUGCCCCGACUGCGGCAAGACCUUCAAUCGCUCGUCCACGCUGAUCCAGCACCAGCGCUCACACACAGGCGAGCGGCCCUACAGGUGUGCCGUGUGUGGCAAGGGCUUCUGCCGCUCAUCGACGUUGCUGCAGCACCAUCGGGUCCACAGUGGGGAGCGGCCCUACAAGUGCGAUGACUGUGGAAAGGCCUUCUCCCAGAGCUCUGACCUCAUCCGCCACCAGCGGACCCACGCCGCCGGCCGGCGCUGACCCGAGGGCCCUGUCGGGGGCAGGGCGGUGCUGGGCCCAAGAGGAGGGGACAGGGAGCUGGAGAAACCUGGAGAGAGAAUAGUGGGAAAGCCGGAGGAGCAAGGAAGAGUUGAGGAUUCUAGGAGACGGGGACCAGGGUGGGGGAAGUUACGUGCCCUGGAGACUUACGGGAAAUGGGUAAUGAAGAGGGGCUGGAGGGAGGCCAAACGGGCAGCGGGAGGCCCUGGGAGAAUCCAGAAAGAGGUCAGCAGACAGCUGCCCUCAGCAAUGGCGUGUACCUGGAAGAUGCCUGGCUUGGCAAAACGCUAGGUGGGGGUGGGGGGAGGGAAGGGUUGGGUCACUUCGUUAGAGUGGGGUAGCUUAGAUUGGUAGCUACUGAGACCCUUGUUGAGUCAGGAAGGGGUGAGGGUAGGUGGGGUGGGGAGUAACGCCCGGAGUGGGGCCUGGGUCUCUGAGUGCAAACCCCAGCCUCCCUUGUCUUCUUCAGGCUUUGGAGCCCCUGAAUUUGAGUUCAAUAAAAACCUUUAUGUGGUAAAA